AUGUCUCGUGCUUUUGCUGCCCUUGCGGCCUCUGCAGCUGUCUUUACAUCGCAGUCCAAAAUUCUUUGCGAGCCAAAAAGAUCCUUCUACGAGGACGAGAAAGACGUUGUUCCCGUUCCAGGAACCAUAAUUCCAUCCACAGACUCCAACGUGGAGUUGAUGGGACCUCGCCUGGUUGUCAAUGGAGUCACUAUCAGAUCUACCUCGGGACUUGAAGGUGUCUUUCGUUCUGUACGUGAGACAUUGUUUGGAGCAUACACUUCCACACAAGAAUACUUGAAUGAAGGUAAGGCUAAGGUUUACGACAUUGAGAGAAACGUUACGGGAACGGUGAGUGCAUUGCACAACAAGAGAGAAGACCUUUUGCCUAAUUCCAUCUACGUUGUGAUUGCCGGACUUUCAGGAAACAUUUUGGCCAGACAGAGAGGCAUUUUGGCCAGAACAUUCUUCCCUCUUGGACUUGGGUUGGCGGCGUUCAAGUACUUCUUGCCCGAGACUUUCAGCAACACCAUGGGCUUUGCAUGGAAGGUAGAGCAGCGCACAGUGCCUGAAAUUGCCAAUGGACAGGUUCGUGCUGUUGAAAAGGCAGGAGAUCUUGUUGAUCAGGUGGGACAGAAAGCAAAGUCUGGCCAACAAAAAGUCCACGCUGGUGUGGAGACAUUAAGACGCAAAAUCUCCGCGGUCACGGGACUCAACAUCGACGAGGAGGUGUCGAAGAAGUAG